AUGAACUUAAUGAAUGGAGGAGAAGACAGCUUGGGUUUGAAGAAGGAUGCACACAUCUCGGAGUCUGAGAUUGAAGGACCCUUCAGGGAUUUUGAGAAUGAGGGAGACGGUGAAGACCCGAAGAAUGAGGGAGAGAAUAGAGACUUGAAGAAUGGAGGAGAUGGUAAAGACCCGAAGAAUGAGGGAGAGAAUAGAGACUUGAGGAAUGAAAGGGACAGUAAAGAACCAGAGCAUGAGGGAGACAGUAAAAACCUGAAGAGUGUAGGGGACAGUAAAAGUAAAAAAGACGAGGGAGACAGAAAAGACCUGCAGAAUGAGGCACGCCCCACAGAUCUGAAAAAUGACGGAGACAGUAAAGGCCUGAAUAAUGACGGGACUUCUAAAGACCUAAAUAAUAAGGGAUGCAGCACACCCCUGAAGAAAGAGGGAGGCAGCACAAACCCGAAGAAUGGAGGAGACAUCAAACACUUCAAGGAUGAGGGACACACCAAAGACGUUACGAAUGAGGGUGGACUGAAAAAUGAGGAACAAGUUAGGAUCUUUGACGUGAAGGAGGAAUACCGGGCAGACUUGAAGAAUGAGGAACACAACAUAGAUAGGAAGGAUAUAAACCACGCCUAUCUGAAGAGUGAGGGACACAUCAUGAUUGAGGAAUGA